AUGGAUUUCUUGAAGAAGGUUGCCAGCGAGGUUGAAAACUCGACCAAGAACCAGAGUGUAAAUGCAUCCGAGCCCAGUGGAAAUGGUGAUAGUAAUGGUGCAAACGCGAUUCUAGGCGCAAUCAACAGUGCGCUCGGGGGAGGCGAGAAGGGAGAGAAGAAGGAAGCCAUCGACCUCGUUCAAGAGCACGUCUUCAAAGCCGGCGACCAAUCCAACGAAUCUGCCAUUGAGCAAGCUAAAGAUGCACAAAUUGCAAGCGCCAUCCGAAGCGGAUACAAGACUGUCACUGGAAAGGACUUUCCAAUCGCGGAGAAGCCCUCUUAG